GCAACAGCAUGGGGUUCAGAUGAAGACACCAGGAGGUCCUGUCAAAGUAAAGGGAAAACAGAGGAGGAGUGCCAGAACUAUGUCCGUGUGCUGAUUGUUUAUGGCAAGAAGGUGUUUACCUGUGGUACCAAUGCCUUUUCGCCAGUGUGUUCCAGUCGACAGGUAGGAAAUCUUAGCAAAAUCAUUGACAGAAUUAAUGGAGUGGCUCGGUGCCCGUACGACCCCCGGCAUAACUCAACAGCUGUGAUUACAUCACGAGGAGAACUCUAUGCUGCAACUGUAAUUGAUUUCUCUGGACGGGAUCCUGCUAUUUACCGCAGCCUUGGAAAUGUUCCCCCACUUAGGACAGCACAAUACAACUCCAAAUGGCUCAAUGAGCCUAACUUUAUUGCUGCCUACGACAUUGGUUUGUUCACCUAUUUCUUCUUCCGUGAGAAUGCGGUAGAACAUGACUGUGGGAAAACAGUGUAUUCUCGUGUGGCAAGGGUUUGCAAAAAUGAUAUCGGAGGGAGAUUUUUGCUGGAGGACACAUGGACAACUUUCAUGAAGGCCAGGCUGAACUGCUCCCGUGCUGGCGAAAUCCCUUUCUAUUAUAAUGAAUUGCAAAGCACCUUCUAUCUUCCUGAGCAAGAUCUAAUCUAUGGAGUCUUCACUACUAAUGUAAACAGCAUAGCUGCCUCAGCAGUGUGUGCCUUCAAUCUGAGUGCCAUUACUCAGGCAUUUAAUGGUCCUUUCCGUUACCAAGAAAAUCCAAGAUCAGCCUGGCUGCCAACGUUAAACCCCAUCCCUAAUUUCCAGUGUGGGACGCUGAGUGAUGACAGCCCUAACGAGAACCUGACGGAGAGAGUCCUGCAGGAUGCGCAGCGCUUGUUCCUGAUGAACGAUGUUGUGCAGCCGGUGACUGUAGAUCCAUACGUGACUCAGGACAACAUUCGAUUUUCCAAACUGGUGGUUGAUAUUGUUCAGGGGAAGGAUACUCUCUACCACGUGAUGUAUAUUGGGACAGAGUAUGGCACCAUCUUGAAGGCCCUUUCUACCACUAACAGGAGCCUGAGGAGCUGUUAUUUAGAGGAGAUGCAGAUCCUCCCUGAUGGACAACGGGAAGCAAUCAAGAGUCUCCAAAUCCUGCACAGCGACAGGUCACUCUUUGUGGGCUUAAAUAAUGGAGUGCUAAAAAUUCCUCUGGAGAGAUGCUCCAUGUACAGAACAGAAGGGGAAUGCCUAGGAGCCAGAGACCCCUAUUGCGGCUGGGAUAAUAAGCAGAAGCGAUGCACCACCAUUGAGGACAGCUCCAACAUGAGCCUGUGGACUCAAAAUAUUACUGAGUGCCCAGUGAAAAACCUGACAACAAAUGGAAGACUGGGGCCUUGGUCCCCAUGGCAACUGUGUGAGCAUUCGGAUGGGGACAGCACAGGCUCCUGUGUGUGUAGGUCACGUUCAUGUGACAGCCCUCCUCCUCGCUGCGGAGGUCGCAGCUGUGAAGGAGCCAGGAUUGAGGUCGCAAAUUGCUCAAGAAACGGCGCUUGGACACCCUGGUCUUCCUGGGCCCCAUGUAGCACCUCCUGCGGGAUUGGCUUUCAGGUCCGCCAGCGAUCCUGCAGCAACCCUGCUCCACGGUACGGAGGCAGGGUCUGUGUUGGACAGAGCAGGGAAGAAAGAUUCUGUAAUGAGAACAGUCCAUGUCCAUUACCAAUUUUUUGGUCUUCAUGGGGUCCUUGGAAUAAAUGUAGUGUGAAUUGUGGUGGAGGGAUUCAUUCAAGGCAGAGGUCCUGUGAAAAUGGAAAUACAUGUCCAGGCUGUGCUGUGGAAUAUAAGACCUGUAACCCAGAGAGCUGCCCGGAGGUGCGCAGGAACACACCCUGGACCCCUUGGAUGCCUGUCAACAUCACCCAGAAUGGUGCUCGCCAGGAGCAGCGCUUCCGCUACACGUGUCGUGCCCAGCUGUCUGAUCCCCAUGAGCUGCAGUUCGGGAGGAAGAAGACCGAGAGUCGAUUCUGCCCCAUUGAUGGUUUACGGGUGUGUGAUACUGACUCUCUUGUUGAUGACCUCCUCAAGACUGGUAAGACCUCUGCACGGAUUAUCAAUGGGGGCUGGUCCUUUUGGGGGGCCUGGUCUUCCUGUUCCAGGGACUGUGAGUUGGGCUUUAGGAUCAGGAAGAGAACAUGCACAAACCCUGAACCUAAAAACGGUGGCUUGCCCUGCGUGGGGUCAGCGAUGGAGUACCAAGACUGCAAUCCACAUCCCUGCCCAGUGAAAGGCUCAUGGUCUUGCUGGACUCCUUGGUCUCACUGCUCAGCAACCUGUGGAGGAGGACACUACCAGCGCACACGGACUUGCACCAAUCCAGCUCCGUCUAGCGGAGAGGACAUCUGCAUUGGUCUACACACUGAGGAGGCCCUUUGCAACACACACCCGUGUGAAGGUGGCUGGUCGGAGUGGUCAGAGUGGAGCCUGUGCAAUGAAGAGGGCAUCCAAUACCGCAGCCGUUAUUGUGAGGUGCACAGUCCAGACUCUUCUCAGUGCGUCGGAAACAGCACACAGUACCAAGAGUGCCUGUAUAAUGAAAUUCCUGUGAUCCUGCCAGCCUCCAGCAUUGAUGAAAGCACAAACUGUGGAGGUUUUAGUCUCAUCCAUCUGAUUGCCACUGGGGUCUCCUGUUUUUUCGGCUCUAGCCUCUUAACGUUUGUGAUUUACGUGUACUGCCAGCGCUGUCAGAGGCAGUCCCAGGAGUCGACUGUUAUCCACCCAACCACUCCCAACCAUCUCCAUUACAAGGGCAACACAACCCCUAAGAACGAGAAGUACACCCCUAUGGAGUUCAAGACACUUAACAAGAACAAUUUGAUACCGGAUGACAGGACCAACUUCUACCCGUUGCAGCAAACCAACGUGUACACAACAACCUAUUAUCCCAGUACACUGAAUAAAUAUGACUACAGGCCCGAGGCCUCCCCUGGAAGGACCUUUGCCAACAGCUGA